UACUGGAGAGCAAGAAGCCCCUAUAAAACUGUCACCAGUGGGCACCCUGGUCCACAGAGCUGGGCCAGCUGUGGAGAGGAACCUUCGUUGCCACCAUGAACUUCUCUGGAAAAUACCAACUGCAGAGCCAGGAAAACUUCGAGCCCUUCAUGAAGGCAGUUGGGGUGCCUGAAGACUUCAUCCAGAAGGGGAAGGACCUCAAGGGGACGACAGAAAUCGUGCAGAAUGGGAAGCACUUCAAGAUCACCGUGAGCAGUGGCACAAAAGUGACCAAGAAUGAAUUCACCUUGGGGCAGGAAUGUGAGAUAGAGACCAUGAGUGGGGAGAAGGUCAAGGCAGUGAUUGACAUGGAAGGCAACAACAAGCUGGUGACAACAUUGAAAAACAUCAAGUCUGUGACUGAAAUCAGUGGGGACACACUGACCAAUACCAUGACACUGGGUGACAUUGUCUUCAAGAGAAUCAGCAAGAGAAUUUAGACAAGUGUGCAUUUCAUAUUCUUUUACUAUGUAAAGUUAAUGUGAUAAAGUGAACUUUGUUUUAAGAAAACA